CUAAAAUCUACGAGUAUCAUUAGAUUAAGCAGGCCUAAAUAUUACUAAAUAAACUGAAUUUAAGUAGGCUCAUAUUUAAUAUCUAAUAGAUCUAUAUGUCUGUGAAAUUCUUUACCUGUAAAGUAUGGCUAUUGCACUAAAACACUGGAGAGAGUCUGCAAGUUUGAUUAUAGCAUCAAAGAAGAUGGCAAUGAAGCAGCCAAAUCCAAGCUUGCUGGAGAAAUUGAUGAAAACACAACCUGAACACAUAGAGAAUAAAAACGAGGAGUUUUUGAGACUCUUACUAUUAAAACGAAAACCUACAAACUCAUUCAUGCCCAGUAUGUAUGUGUUCCCUGGUGGUACUUCACACAAAAGCGAUUUCUCAAGGGAAUGGUUGGAUCUUAUUGGGUGUAAAAAUAAUAACUUAUUAGACUUAUUUACUCGUGGUAAAAUAGGUUCACCAAUUUUCAGCACUAUAAGGGAACCUCCAUUCUGUGAUGUACCAAGUGAAAUUGCUUUACGUAUAACAGCUAUUAGAGAGACUUUUGAGGAAAGUGGUAUUUUAUUAGGGAGGCCCAUGACAGAUCUUCCAGAUUUACCCCUUUCCUCAAUGAGUGCCCAUCCGAUCUGUAGCACAUAUUGCAAUUUGCCUUCCCAAGUGAGCCUUGAGUGGAGAAAACAAGUGAUUUCAGAUUCUUCCAAUUUUAUUCUUAUGUGUAAGGAGUUAAAGAUGGUGCCAGAUAUUUGGUCAUUGUAUGAGUGGUCCAACUGGCUGACACCAUUGCUACAAAAGGCUAGGUUUGAUACAGCUUUUUUUCUUUGUUGUGUUGACGAGGCUCCCCUAAUUUUAGAUUCAAAUGAAACAGAAGAUGGAGCAUGGCUGAGUCCUUCUGGUACACUGAAAGCCUGUUUAGAGAAGAUAGUAGCUUUAGCACCUCCCCAAUUGUAUGAACUGUCAAGGUUGCUACAUUUCAAAACCACAGACGAUCUCCUGUCUUUCACAUGGGGCAGAUCAUCUCAUAGAGUGAAUCGAUGGAUGCCUGUCAUCUACCAGUGUCAAGAUGGUUUGAUUUUUGCUCUGCCAGGAGAUGAUUUAUAUCCUGCUAACCCUGAUUUGACAGGGGAGAUCACAAAUGGCCCAUUAGAAAAAACAGAAAGUGUUGCUGAGCUGCGAAGUUUAUACCCCCGCCAACACUGUAUUGUUGUGUAUAAAAACAAACAGUUGUCAUUGUAUUGUAAUAUAAAGCCAAAUCAAUAUCAUAUACUUCCUCGUGAAUUUAAUAAAAUAUAA